CCCGCCCGUCGGGCAAGGGGGCACGGGGAGAGACUUCCCGCUGCCCCUUUCCCAGGAAAGGGAGUGCGUGAUUCCCUCGCUGAGUUGUCAAUGACGGAAAAUCCCGGUACGCGGCGGGAAAUGUUUGCUGUCCUGUAGGCAAACAGGAAGUAUUUUCGAGGAGAGAGAUCCUUCGGCAGCCCCCAUCCACCUCCUUUGAUCUCAUCGGUUUUGAAAUCGCCUUAGAAAUUAGAGACUAAUUAGCCUCAAAGCGAGAGUGACAACAAUGCAUGACAAAGGAGAAGAUUAGCUUUUAAGAAGGCAGCUCAGGAGUGAUGGGCAGUCACUCCGGAGAGAGCUGCGUGUACAAAUCGUGUGCCAAAGAAAAUCGAUCGGAUUCGACCUCGGUGUAUCUGACGCUGCCAGGGAUUGCCAGGGCCGGGCUGUUUAUAUAGGGAGAAUCUCUAGUACGGGAGGGUGAAGACAGAGCCUCUCUUCCAGUCUCCCAAGACAAAAGCAAAACAAUCCACAGCGUCUGUCCUCAAGGAAACCUUGAUCAAAGAAAGGUAUUGAGCGGUGUCGGGUGUGUGGGUGGGUAUGUUCAUGUGCAUUUCACGGUAUUUUGCAGCAUGUAUCCUGCGUUAUCAGUGCGUGCGCUCAAGCUGAUUCCUCUGUGCUCUGCCGGUGACCGGGACGGCUCUACCGAAGGUGUAAUCGCUGCAGGACAGCUUAUCGUCCUCUCAUUGGCAGCAGGAAGAAGUUUCAAACAAGUGCUAUGAGAUUGCCUGAACCCAAAUGAGAUUUACGAAGCAGCCUUUUACUGGAAAGAUAUUUGAACUCUGAUUGAAGGGGAUUUAGGGGGAAUGAAGAGACGAUUCCAACAGUUACUACUGGGAAUGCAAUAUCGGGUCCCCUACAAUGCUUACUUAGGCUAAUGGAGGUCCUGUCAUUCAGUUCCCACUGCGCUGGGAUACAGGGUAAACAUUCCCCGGUGACCCUCUGCGUGCAGGUCCCCUCUUCAGGACAUCAUUAAAAGCAUACAUGCAGUUGCCUGACAUCAAUUGUCAGGCUGGCUCCCAGGGUUCAGAGAUCCCGACAGAAAGCAGGAAAACAAGCCCAGUGGAGACCAGGCUCUGCUCCUGGGGGCUUUAAGGAGGCUGAAAAUCGUUUUGUUGCGGGUGUGUAAGAAGAGACAAAAGUGCUCAGCAGGUAAGAGCGGAGGGUUUUGCCAAGAAGGAACUGUCCUUGAUCGCUGUGACAGGAUUGACUCGCUGGGGACUCCUCUCUCGGGAGCAUCCACGCGUCCCCGAGGGGAUUGCCUGUCUCCUCUCAUCAGCAUCACGGCGAGAAGUUUUACAGCCGCUCUUUCUAGUCCUGCUAAUCCUGUUAUCCGGGGGGUUAUAAAUAUUAACGUCGCUGGGGCUGGGGAUGGGGGACCCAAAUAAGCCCUCUCUGAAGUAAGAUGUCAGCCAGCCUUUUCCCAGCCCGCCAGGGCCCGGCGCUGCUGCAUGAGCUGCACGGCAGAGCCCCGCAAGCGCCCUGCCCGGAGGGGCUGCUGGGCACCUCGGUGCUGGAUUUCGUGGCCGACCUGUCCCUGGGCAGCCCCCAGGGAGCCUCCCGGGCUGGGGCGGGCCUGGGGCUCUGCGAGGUUACCACCGGGCCUCCCUUCGGGGACACAGUCCUGUCGCUUCGGGAAGGGAUGGCCCGAGGUUUGCCCCUGGCUGCUUUCGGAAAUGGGGAUCCCGAAUACGAAGAAGAAGAGGAAGAGGAAAGGAUGCGCAGCGCUUCCCUCCUGGACAGACCUAGGAGAAAACGGGUCAUCACCUACGCCCAGCGCCAGGCUGCCAACAUACGCGAGAGGAAGAGGAUGUUCAACCUCAACGAGGCUUUUGAUCAGCUCAGGAAGAAGGUGCCCACCUUCGCCUACGAGAAGAGGCUCUCUCGGAUAGAGACCUUGCGCCUGGCCAUAGUGUAUAUCUCCUUCAUGACUGAGCUCCUGGAAGGAUGCAGCAGGCAGGAGGCGAGCUAGGGAGCGCCGAGGCCAGGCGGGA